UCCAAAUAUAGCCAAAUCACACAAAACAAUAAUAGUUAGUAAUCAUAAUACGUCAUUGAUUUAAUUCAGCAACAAUUUGAUUCUUCUUCCUAACCCCUCUCUCUUUCUUAUUCUCAUUCAUCACAAACAAAAAAAGAUACAGUUUCUUUAAAUUGAAUUUCACAAAUCAAUUUCAUUUCAUUCUGUUAGCAUUUAUCUAAUUCAAAUUCAUACCCAUGGGUUUGAAAUCAAUAUUCAACCGCUCCAAGGAUCAAUCUGCAUCCUCAACCUCUUCCCGAUCCACCUCACUUUCCGUCCGUUCACGCGCUCGUCUCGCCGCCGAACUCGAAGAAGUUUUCAAAAAAUUCGACGCUAACGGCGACGGCAAGAUCUCCGCAUCAGAACUCGGAUCCAUUAUGGCAAACUUAGGUCAACCGUCAACAGAACAAGAACUCAACAGCAUGAUUCGUGAAGUAGACGCUGACGGAGACGGUUGUAUAAAUUUACAAGAAUUCAUAGAACUCAAUACUAAAGGCGUUGAUUCUGAUGAGAUAUUGGAGAAUUUGAAAGAUGCUUUUGCUGUUUUUGAUAUGGAUGGAAAUGGUUGUAUUACUGCUGAAGAACUUAAUACGGUUAUGAGAAGUCUCGGAGAAGAAUGUUCGUUGGCGGAGUGUCGGAGAAUGAUCGGAGGAGUUGAUAGUGACGGUGAUGGGAUGAUUGAUUUUGAAGAAUUUAGAAUGAUGAUGAUGAUGGGUUCUCGUCAUGAUACAACUGAUAGGGUUAAACCUGAACCUAUGCCAGUGGAAUGAAUGAAUCAAUCGAUAGCGAAGUUUCUUAUUUCUUAAUAAUAAUAAACUUUUUUUUUUUGUUAUGACGUUGUUUUUCAUUGCCAAAAAGUCAUAAUAACCCUUUUAUUUUGUCUAUACUUAGAAUGGAAAACAUGUUGUUAAACUUGGUUUAAUUUAAUUCUCUUUUAUUUCUG